AUGGAAACCGUCAAUGUCGCCGAAUUGGUCGAGCGCCUGGGUAGCGAUGAAGAUGCCGUGCGCAAAAUGGCCGUCUUCAAGCUCCAGGGCAACAUCGGAGACCCGUCCUUCGCCGACAUCUUCAUCGCAGAGGGCGGCCUACUUCGAUUACGCUACCUAACCCUUCACGCGAGCGGGAAUACCCUGGCAUAUAGUUUGACCAGUUUCUCGAGGCUGCUCGAUGUCGACAAGGGGUGGGAGUGUGUUGACCAGGAGUUGGUUGAGCGCACUGUUGAGCUGAUCGUCACUCAUCCCUUAGUCAACAUCCUCCGCGGCGCCAUGUCCAUUCUCGUCUCGAUUGUUUCCCACCCGUACACGGGGAACCGCGCCUCCCAGGUCAACAACUUUGGUUUCCGCGCCCUGAAGCCUGCAAUCGCCAUAUACCCCCAGUUUCUGGAGAUGCUCGUCAGUCGAUUAUCCUCCGCGGACCAUGCGCUCUGUGCCAAUGCGCUCCAAUUGAUCAACUCGCUCAUGCGCGACUCGAUCACCCACGACCCCGAGGCGGAGUGGCCCAAGUUCAUUCAAAAGUUACAGGACCUGGGUGUUAUCAGAGCGGUCUACGUGCUUAUGCAGGAUUCCGCCCUCCAAGACCUGGCGCAUCCGCUGCUGGAAUUCCAGUCACUCACCAAGGUCCUGCUCCGCAAAUGGCGAGAUAUCCCCGUCAACCAGGAGAAGCCUGAGCAUCGCCGCGCGCUGAAGGGAAUUUAUUUGGCCAGUAACCCGGAGAAGAACUCCGACGAGGCUAACGAGAACGGUGAUGAUACACGGCGCUCUAGACGACACCAUCCGGAGAAGUGGAGGCGGCUUGGAUUUGAGACGGAGAGUCCAGCGGGAGAAUUCUAUGAAGUCGGUUUCCUGGGUAUGAUGGACCUGGCGGACUAUGUUCGCAGUCAUGGGGAUGAGUUUCAGAACAUGCUCUUGGAGCACUCUACAAAGCCAUCACGACAACGCUGUCCGAUUGCUCGGGCAUCGUUGGCCGUCACAUCCAUUUUAUACGAGCAUUUCGAGGUCGAAAAGUCCGACAUGGAUGACAACAAAACAUAUCUCAUUUCGGAGUCCCGUACGGGAUUUGAUAAACUCUUCCAGCCGUUGCUGUUACAUUGGACCCGAUUACAUGUUGCCGGCUUGCAGGCCUUCUUCCGCCUGUGGAAGGCGACUGCUGCCGAGGAAGAGGACUUAGACAAGCUCGUCGAGCUCGUGCGCAUCCUCAUUGAGUCGGUGGUUGGUGGAGCCGCUCGGAUCAAGGAUGUCCAGGAUGUCGAAGAAGAACUGGCCGAUUUCGAAUACCACCGAUUGCGCGGGCUGCAGAUGGAACUCCUUGAACUCACGUACGAGGAUGCAUGGGGCCAGCACUUGCGGCAGGUGCGCGAGGAACUUCACCAUGAGGCUCUCCAGUUUGUAAAGGAGCAACGAAUCCGAUCUUUGCUCCAAGGUAGCUGGUUCGCUCUAGACUCUCACUCCAAGUCGGAGAUGGGGCCGGUGCAGAAGUCUACUGCUACGUAUCAAUAUGCCCAGCUCUCUCAUAACCGACGAUACUUGCAUUUCGGUCAAUUUGACCUAAUGGGCGACCGAGCUCCAGAGUUGGACACCCUACCAGAGAAAACCACCGUGAAGACUGCACCCCGUCAACCCACGACCAAGAUCACCAUCCACGGCUACGCGCCCUCCACAGCCACCGGACACGGAAAGGGCCACAGCCACGCCCGGUCCGGCAGCAGGACCACUCAAAAGGAGGUGGUGCUGCUCACGCUCCGGCCCUCCUCGCACAGCAUUGCGUCCGAAUGGCUGGAUGGUCUGCUGAUGCUCCUCAACCAGCAGCCCAUCACCGCAGAGACAAGCAAGCUGAUUGACCUGGUCAGCAACUAUGGCUUGAAAAUCCGCCUGCUUAAUGUGCGGUUUGACGAUGCCACUUUCGCCGGUGAGGCUCCCAAGGUCCCCGCGAGAGAUGGCUUGGAUGAAGAUUAUUACUAUGAUGUAUUCGGAGGCGCAUAUAAUGUAAUAUUAACAUCCACAUCUACGUCUGUAUCCCUAUCUACAUAUGUUCAUCUCGUCUACUAUAAAUCCGGCAAAAGGCCCACCGCUUGGCGUCAUAAGCUUAUCGGGCGCGUAUCUCAACUUCUCCAGGAUUUUGACCAACUCAUCAUGGACGGUCGUCCUCCUAAAAGACAACGAAGAUCUAAGGAUUCGAAAGAUGAAAAAAUAAGAUCAAAACGAAAAGCCGUCAUAUCAGAUAGCUCCAGUCCUAUCGAACAAACAGAACCCUUCGCCCUCUCCUCACGCCCAAAACCCUCUUACUCGCGCGGCACAACACCAUUAACCCGGCUCCCCUCGUCCUCGCCCUCUCCAAGAAAAAAGACCAAAUCGUCACCAAACCCAGACUCAAAAUCCAAGUCCCUCCACAGCUUCUUCCAGCCCGCAACAGAGGGACAGCGAUGGGCACCACAAAAGACCGAGAAGCAGUCCCUCCCUCCGGUCAGGGAGACUGUCGACGUGGACCUGAUUGAGGAUGACUACGACUCCUACGAUGAUAUAUUCACACAACAUGUAGCUAAUGAGCAAGCGGGAAAGAGCCUGACAGCCGUGAGCUCGAGCCAGACACGUCAGCCAGCAUCAAAGCCAAAGGCAAAGGCCCCAGUCAAACCACUGCGAAAGCCGACGAAGCGGUUUCUUCUGUCUACACACUAUGGGAAUGACACAGCGAAGGAGCCAUUAGUUACGCAACCGGCUGGCAAACCAGACCGUCGACCAUGGGCUCAGCGGUUCGCUCCGGCCAACCUGGGCGAAUUGGCCGUCCAUAAGAAGAAAGUCUCGGAUGUACAGCGUUGGCUGGAAGACGCAUUUUCUGGGAGGCGUUCUGAGAGGUUGCUGGUCCUACGAGGUCCGGCAGGCAGUGGGAAGACGACCACUGUGUCCCUGCUCUCCGAGUCACUUGGCUACGACAUUGUUGAGUGGAAGAAUCCCCCGAUUUCGGAAUUUGGAGCUCGCGACUAUCAAUCUGUGAGCGCACACUUUGAAGAGUUUCUUGGACGGGGGAAUAAGUUUGGAGGACUUGACCUUGAAAAUGCCAGCGAGCUCGAUUCCCGGAAAGAUGAGAAACCUCGGGACCAGCGGAUACUUCUUAUAGAGGAGUUUCCAGCGAUGCUUGGCCGGGCGUCCUCCGCUCUCACGGCGUUUAGGGCGUCUCUUCAACGAUAUUUGGCUGCCUCUGCGAAUAAUCAUACCCAGGACAGAUCAGGAUCGAAUCAUCCGCCCAUCGUUAUUAUCGUAUCGGAGACAUUGUUGGGAUCUGCGUCCUCGAUCUCGGAUAACCUGACAGUUCACCGGUUACUGGGGCCCACCAUCUACAACCACCCCGGGACAACGAUAUUGGAUUUCAAUAGCAUUGCACCUACUUUUAUGCACAAGGCUUUGCGGUCUAUUUUGGACAGAGAGGCGCGUACUUCCGGGCGUGUCCAGAUACCCGGGCCGGGUGUUAUAGACAGUAUCUCUGAAAUUGGCGAUAUCCGCAGUGCAAUCUCCUCUCUCGAGUUCCUCUGUCUCAAGGGGGACGAUACAGGGAGAUGGGGAGGCAGUGUGGCCAAGACAAAGAAAGCUCGAGGCGAGGUUGCUUUGACAGCGAUGGAGAAAGAGUCUCUCAAGAUGAUAACUCAGAGAGAGGCGAGCUUGGGCAUGUUCCACGCCGUUGGGAAGAUUGUGUACAACAAACGCAUGGACCCGAGUCUGAUCGAGGGCGACGUCGAGAUUCUUCCACCGCCGCCGGACUAUCUGCGCCACUACGCCCGACCAAAAGCUUCAUCGGUCUUGGUCAAUGAUCUGGUCGACGAGACCGGGACUGACAUAUCGACGUUUAUCAGUGCUCUCCAUGAAAACUACAUCCCAUCCUGCGAUGGGGAUAAUUUCACCGACUGUCUCAACGACUGCAUCGACGCCCUCUCCGAUAGCGAUAUCCUCAGCGCCGAUCGCCGACCAGGGCAAGGGGCACGGGCCGGGAUAGGAACUGGAAUCAGCUCUUUCGGUAGUGGCAUCGACGUGCUCCGGCAGGAGGAAAUGAGUUUCCAAGUUGCGGCGCGUGGUCUUCUUUUCGCCCUUCCAUACCCGGUCAAGAGACGGGUUGGGCCUGGAACUGACCGAAGCCGCGCGGGUGAUGCCUACAAGAUGUUUUACCCAGCAUCUCUGCGAUUGUGGAGAGAGGCUGAAGAAAUUGAUGGACUGAUCGACUCAUGGAUGAACCGAUCACUGGAUCCUUUUGGACAGCAGCAUCUUUAUCAAAAUGGCUCUGACCUCACGGGGGUCAGUUCCUGGAAAAAUCUCCAGGGUGGAAGGUCGGCGUCGGCCAAUUCAGGGAAUAAAGAUAACUCUCCGAGUGUGGUCACGAUGAUGCCCCGGCAUGAUUUACUGCUCCAUCAGCUGCCAUAUAUGGCUGCAAUCCGACGUCAGGGCCCGGAUUAUUGGCAGUUGGAUAAGAUCACCAGCAUUCGCGCCAACGAGAAUUUUUGUAACGAUGGAAUUGACGACAUGGAGGAGUCUCCAGCACAAGGAUCGCGUAUGAAACAACCCAGCAGUAAUGGUUUUGGACCUCAACUGCCUGAAGAGAAAUUGAUUCUCAGUGACGAUGAUAUUGUCGAUUGA